AUUUACUUGGUGUUUUGUCAUUAAAUUAAGCGAUGUAUAAAACUAAUGAAUGCAAGUAAAAUAUAUUCCACACAGCCAUAUAAUAGAUGCGCAUGCGCACUUCGAACAUUACAACUGGCGCGAAGAGCCUGAGGAAAGCUUGCGCAUCGAAACAUGUUUUCAGCGCCUGAGGGGAUUAAACUAUGGUUCAGUGGAGGAGCGUAUGGCUGUAGAGACGGCCAGUCGUUACGGCUCUAAACCGAUGAUGUAUCCCUUCCCCUCGGCCAAAGACGUGACGGUUGAAAUCAUUAUGGAGGGGGCGGGGCCUCGUAUGGGCGGUGAUGCCAAACUGAGUCUGGUCCUGCAGAACAGAAGUUCAGUUCAGCGCAACACAACCCUUCUGAGAUCUAAAGAUCUCACACAGUUCAUAACACUUACAGUCUGUCUGUUUGUUCACAUAAGUGCAAGUUUAUCAACUCAUAAAUCACUCUUCAAUGUCCAUAACAAAACACAUAACAGUAAAUAAUGUCUAUUUAAAAUGUAAAGUUGAGAAACUAAACUGUAUCAUUAUUCAAAGAAAUAAAGCUUUUUCUAAACUAUUUGUAGAAAUGCAUUCUGCAUGUUUUUGUAGACUUUUGAGAAGUGUGGUACAAAAGGAGCUGUAUGCAGAUUCUUAUAA